AAUUCAAAUUAUCAAAUACAGAGACAAUUUGAAACCACAACAAUUUUUUCGGUUUCUCAGUUUUUUCCUCGAUUGAAUUUUUGCCAGACCAUCCAGAAAAAUUCCUUUAUCCUGUUUUUAAUCCUACGAAUUUAACAGAGCCAAUACUGAUCGUGUAAAAUGGCUGAAUUGGGGCAGGAUAUUUUGGAAGCCGUCGCCAAGCACGAGCAGCCCGUGAGUUCGCUGCAGUUGGCGGAGAAAUUGCAUCAGGAUCACCAGAAGAUCAUCGGCGCCAUCAAGAGCCUCCAGGGCAUCCCGGGCCUGAUCGAGGCCGAACCGGAGUCGCGCACGCUGUGGGUGCUGACGCCCGAAGGCAAGGAGAUCGCCACCAAGGGCAGUCAUGAGUACCGUGUCCUGCAGAUGGUUCCUGCCGAGGGGCAGAAACUCGAUGAAAUCAAGAAAUCAUUCCAAUACGGCCAAAUUGGUGUCAACAAAGCGCUGGAGCAGCAGUGGAUUGAGAUCGACAAGAAAGCAACCGGCGGUCCGAUAAUUCGCGCCAAAAAGCCUGCCAGCGAUAUCAAAGAUGAAGUGCGCGAGAUCAUCCAGAAACUGGAAGCCGGUGAUUUCCUCGGUGUCCCCGAUCCCGUCAAGGCCGAUGUAAAGAAGCGGAAACUGGCCCAAGAACAGAUUCUCAAGAGUUUAUUGGUCUCCAAAGGACCGAAUUUCGCCACGUCGAUCAGCAAGGCGGAGACCGAUUUAACUGUGGAUAUGCUGGCCAAAAAUGCCUGGAAGGAAAAGCGCUUUAAAGAGUACAAUUUUGAUGCGCUGGGCGUGCCGCCGUCGGCCGGCUAUUUCCAUCCAUUACUCAAAGUCCGCACUGAGUUCCGACAGAUUUUCUUGGAGAUGGGCUUCGAAGAAAUGCCGACGAAUAAUUUUGUGGAGAACUCUUUCUGGAAUUUCGAUGCCCUUUUCGUGCCGCAGCAGCAUCCGGCUCGCGAUGUCCAGGAUACCUUUUUUGUUUCAGAUCCCAAAGAAACCAUCCGGCUGCCCAGUCAGCGCUACGUCGACCUGGUGAAGCAGGUGCACUCGCAGGGCGCCUUCAACUCAGCCGGUUACAACUACGAGUGGGAUGACACGGAGACGAAGCGCAACAUCCUCCGCACCCACACCACCGCCGUCAGCGCCCGCAUGCUGCGCCGACUGGCCCUCAAGGGCUUCAAACCAGCAAAAUACUUCAGCAUCGACCGGGUCUUCCGCAACGAGAAUCUGGACGCCACGCAUCUGGCCGAGUUCCACCAGAUCGAGGGCGUGGUGGCGGACUACGAUCUGUCGUUGGGGCAUUUGAAGGGCGUCCUCAGUGAAUUCUUCAAGAAACUGGGCAUCACCCAGCUGCGCUUCAAACCGGCAUACAAUCCCUACACGGAGCCCAGCAUGGAAAUCUUCAGCUACCAUGCCGGCCUGGCGAAGUGGGUGGAGGUGGGCAACUCGGGUGUCUUCCGGCCGGAGAUGCUGCUGCCGAUGGGGCUGCCGGAGAAUGUGUCGGUGAUCGCCUGGGGACUGUCGCUGGAACGGCCCACCAUGAUCAAGUACGGCAUCGACAACAUCCGCGAUCUGGUCGGCCAUAAAGUCGACCUGCAGAUGGUGCAGAGCAACCCCGUGUGCAUCCUGGAUGAUCGCACCGAGAAGAUGGAGGACAAGAAGAAAUAAUUGGGGCCGGUUAGAUUUUUCGGGUUUUAUUUGUUUUUUUAUCGUCGGUCGGUUUUUUUACAUGUUAGUUUCUGGGAGUUUGAAAAAAGUGACUAAAGGUUGUAGAACAAAUUCAGUAAAGCGCACGUA